AUGUCAUCUAGGACAAAUAAUUCGUCUCCUCUUCCCUCCUCCUCGCCAACUCAUGCAAUGAAUACUUCUACAGCGAGUAACAUGACCAACACCAUGACGAGUAGGGGUAAUAGCAAUAACAGCGACGAUGGUAUUUCAUCCACUCAUCAUCUCUCCUCACAGCCGAACAUGACGCUGCUGCCAACUAAAACAGAGAACAGAACGGCAUCUCCAUCACAUUCAGUUCUUUCCAUUCCACAACAACAACAAACCAUUCCCCAUCAUCAAGGAUAUAUAUCUCCACCACACUCAAAUCCUUUUGAGAUGAGAAGUGGCACGACAAAUGACUCCCAAAAUUUGAUGCAACAACAACAACAAAACGGUUAUCCCAUGUCCUACUCGUCGUCAUCUGUAUUAUCGGCUAAUACCAUUAUUCUAGGAAGUAAUGUCAACAAUAGCAAUACUUCAAGUUUAUUGGAUAUGAUGUUAGAUCAGAUGCAUCAACAACAACAACAAGCAAAUUUGACUGUAUCAAAAUUUGGAGGAUCAUCCUCGACAAAGAUGCAUCAACAACAGCGCACAAUUCUGUCAAACAUAAAUCCAACACAAUCUCAAACAAAUUACCACAACAUGCAUGUUGGCAAUAACGGUCAGAUGUCAUACACAAAUGAACCUCAUUCUACUUUAUACAACAACACGAAUGGCAAUUCCAACGCCAUUUUGUGGAGUAAUCAUGGGAACAUUGUUUCAGAUCAUCCAAUGAUGAUGACUACAAACACCGGUGUAACUACUUCUAGGAAUACUACUUUACAAAACAAAUCCAAUAGUGGCCAUGGUAUUACCAACAAACAACUACAAUUCCACGUUCAUCACCUCUCGAACGUAACCACAACAAACUCGCCGUCAAAUCAAAAAAUAAUGACAAAUAGCAUGCACGGUUCUACAAGUGGUAAUUUUGGUACCAACAUGGGCACGUAUUCAUCAGGAUCAUCCUCUUCCUCUUCGCUGUUAUCUCUAAUGACAAGUGACACUGGAAGUUUGGAUGCAGGCCAUCAACAUGUUGCAUCUCUACCAACAAGUGUCACCAUGACCUCCAAUAUGCCUUCAUCCAAUCAAUCAUCACCUCAUCAACAACAAUACGGGUAUUCAUCACCUCAAAAUAAUCUUUCAAUUACUCCUAGUAAUCCACAAAUGACUCACUCUUCACAGCAAAUAUUUUACAGUGGCAUUUUGCCACCAUUGCAGCAAUAUUCAUCGGGAGAUUCAGACUCCUCUGACGAUUCUGAUGACCAUACGAAUGCAGAGGAUGAAUGUGAAUUCCAUCCUAUUGCCUGUGUGCAAUGCAGACAGCUUCAUAAAAAGUGUGACAAGAGACUGCCAUCAUGUACAAAAUGUGUUUCAAGAGGAGUGGAGUGUACAUAUCGCACUCCCAAGAGGAAUACUUCUCAACCACAACAAAAGAAAAAGAAGAAAAAGAAGAAUCGAUCUAAAUCAUCAUCAAAUUUGACACCCUAUAUGCCUGUCAUUCCAAAUCGUGCAAAAUCUAAAAUUGUGGAUAUUUAUUUCACUUGCUUGGCUGCUGAUUUUCCAUUGUUUUCUCGUGACGAACUCGAAUAUUAUUUGGAUGAACAAAAAUGUCCUCCAGGAACUCCAAAUAAGCGAGAAGUGGAAGUGUUAUUUACAGUCAUUCGAGCACUUGUUGAGCAACGAUGUGGAACAAUUGAAGAUGCAGCUCGAGCUAUGCUUGAAGCACGUCACGCAUUGUCAACCGUGUUUUGUCAUCACUCUAAUUUUUAUGUAGCUACUGCUUUUUGUUACAUGUCAUUUGUGGAAUCUUUGAAUCAUGAUUUGAAGACUGCCAAAUUUUUCUUACAAUGUUGUGAAUUUUAUUUGGAAUCACUUGCAAAUGAAAAUGCAUUGGACGAUCGAGCUCAACUCCUUAAAAGAGCUCAUGCCUAUGCUAAAAUAUCCACAUGUAACAAUCGAAUUUCUAAUGACUAUUCUGGUAAUGUGAUGGACAUGAUUAAGCAAAUUCCACAAAUGUAUACUCUCUCUACUGGACAAUCACUUCCUCCUGAAUUUCAUGAUCUUGUUUCACAGGAAAUUACCGAACAUAAUUAUCAAGAAAUGUUAGACGUGAUUGAUACCUUGACUAAAUUAAUGUAUGCACAGAGUAACAUGUUAACGAAAACAGCAAACUCGAAACCAUUUUCUAAAAUUGAUUUAGUCUACUUGUUUAUUUCGAAUGGAUUGAAAAUAGCCAUUCUCACAAAAGCUGGACAACGAAAAGAUCUCAUUGAAGAAUGUGCAUUGCGAGUUACGUACACAACCUACACAGAUUUAUAUCCAUUCUGUUCCAUUGAUAUGAUUAGCUAUGUUGCAUUGGCUGCCAGAGUUCAUCUUCAUAUCGUUCGUGCCAUUGAAGCAGGUCAACGAAGUGCCUACAACACUGGAAUUACUUCAUUGGAUGGCAGCAUGAUUGGUCAGAUCGAUUAUUAUGAAAUUUUAGCUCAUGAUUUGAGAGGAAUUAAUUUACUCAAAAGACAUUUGAAAAAUCCAUCCGCUUACUAUGAUGGACUUGUGAAUGAAAUUACACAAAUACUACACAAGAAGGGCAUUUCUGUUGAUAAUUUGCAAUCGAGUAUUCAAUUUUCGACACUGGUCGAUUCCUUGCAAAAUGAUUUAGAAGCAGUUGCCUUUUCCACAGAUCCUGUUGUAACUCAUCAUGUGUAG